GCCGAGCAACGUCUAUACGAGAUCGUUCUUUGACUGUUCAAAGAUGCCGCCGAAGAAGAAGGGUAAAAAGGGUAAAAAAGGAAAGAAAGGUGGAAAGGGAAAAGAUGAUGCAUCCAAUGAACACGAGAGACCAAAAACGCCAGAACCAACUGAGAAAGAAAUAUUAUUGCAGCAAGAGUUAGAGAAGGUCACAGAAGAACUUGAUAAUGCCAAGAAAAAGGUUGAAGAUUUACGACAAGAGAAUGACUGGUUGCAACAGGAGGCUCACAAAGUGCGAGUGGAGAGUCAUGAGUACAUGAGUUACAUGGAGAAGAAGACCAGCAAGCGUCAGACUGCAAUCAUCACACUGAGCGACCACAACAAGCAGGAGAUACGCAACAUUCAGAUGCAGAAACAGCUCAUGGAGGAGGAGUUCGAAGAGAAAAAGAAAGCCCUGGAGACUGUGCGUCUGGAGAAGCAGCAUAUGCUAAUGAAGACAAAGCAGGAGCUGAGUGACCUUCAGGAGUACAAGGACCUCCAGACAGAGCAGCUUACCAAGAUCCGCAACCUGGAGAAGGAAGUGAUGCAGAUGCGUGCCAAGCAUUCCGAGACAAUCCAGCAACUUAAGUCAAAUUUCCUCACAGAGAAACGGGACUUCCAACUGGACUCUGAAACUCGGAUAUCAACCCUUGAGAAAAAAGCUAACAAGGAGGCUACCCAAUGUCUGACAGAACACACAAACCAGAUCAAGACGGAGAACAGGCAGUUGAGGCGAAAACUGCUGGGAUUGAUACAGACAACCCGGGCGCUGCACCAACACAAGGCCGAACUGGACGAACAACGCAAACAGCUGGUGCGAGAACAGCAGUAUGCAGAAGAUCUGAAAAAGCUCCGCAAUUCUCGCCAGCACAAGGUGUACAAAUCCUUUGGUUUGUUGGAUGAAGAAGGGGAAGCAGAGGGUGUCAGUGUUGAGACAUGAUAGGCUUCUCGUCUGUGUGUUCUGUAAGAUGGAAGAGGAAGAAAGACUCAACCCAACUAAGUGGAGGUGCAAGUGUACUGUUCACUGAAACAGUAUAACUUAGUGGUGUUUGUGUGUGUGACACUACUUGUGUCAAAUAUGCCAAAAAAUGGGGAUAUCUGGACAUAAUGGAGUUAAUAUCCAUGUUUAGGUAUAUUUAAACUGCCACAUUGCCAGAAGAUACUGCUUUAACUAUCCUUUGAUCCAUGUCAUCAUGUUCACUUAAUUCAAUGUAAAUAUGUUUGACAAAUCAUAACUUAUAUCAAUAAAUCUGUUUGUUGAAAAGUUUAAAGCAAUUAAACAGCACAGUAGAGGGUCUUCCAACACUUGAUGGUAGUGGGUCUUUGCAUGAUGUUUCACAAGGAAUACUGUGUACAUAUGCCAAAAUAUGGACAUAAUGCAAUCUCUGAUGAUGAAUAAACUGUGUACUGUGAAGA